UGGUUGUGUCACCAGGAGGCUGGACUGGUCGGGCGGAGUGUUUGAGCUCUGAUCUCAACAUCACUGGAACUCACUCACUCUCUGCCUCUCUCUCUGAGUGUGAGGCGGUCCCUCUUUCUCUCUUUCUCUCCCUGUCUUUAUUUCUCUCUCUCUCUCUCUCUCUCUCUCUCUCUCUCUCUCUCUCUCACAGACUGGGCUCUGAGGGAUCCGGAUUUUCUCACCAAAAAGUACACAGACCUCAGAGCCACGGGCAAACGAAAGGACGUGGGUUGGAUUAUUACCAGAGAGAGGAGAGGGAAAAAAACGCGGCGUCACUGAAUCUGCUGAAGUUUCAUUUAUAUCUCAACUACAAUGAGCCUCACACGGAGAAAUGGAGCGCGCAGUUUGUAGUUUAUUCUAACCAUCAAGGGACACAUCCUAAACAAGUCAAGGGGUCUCGUUUUUUUUUUUUUUUUUUUUUUUUUGCUUCCACGUUGAAUCCGUCUAUCAGGAGGAUGAACUUGCAGUGGAGCAGCCCGGCACCCUCCUGCAUCCGCACCGGGAGAGUCGCGCACAAGCGGCUGGACUCAGACGAUCAGCCGCCGGCGAAAUGCGCCAGGCUGAGCGCCGAGGCGGGGGACACGCAGGGACUCCUCCUCGGCACCUCUCCCGGGUCCCCGGUCAGCCCCGUCUCAAACCCCGUCCCGGCGAUCCACCAGGGGCCAUCCAGGAUAGGACCGUUUCUGCUUCUACCUCUUGCGGACCGGGAGAGCGUGCACAGCGCGAUGAACACCGACACCGGCGACGAGCUGCUGUGCAAGGUCCUUGAAAUGGGGGUGUACCAGGAAAAGAUCAGACCCUACGGGAUACUACCACCCCACAAGAAUGUGGCCGGCAUCAGGGACAUCAUCCUUGGCGAAUGCAAGGCCUACGUGUUCCUGGACAAGGACUUUGGGGACAUGCACACCUUGGUGAAGAGCUGUCGCAGGCUGGACGAGGAGCACGCCUGCAGGCUUUUCCGCCAGGUGGCCUUGGCUGUGGCGCACUGCCACCAGGCUGGCAUUGUGCUGGGUGACCUCAAGCUGCGCAAGUUUGUCUUCACCGAUGAGAAAAGAACACAGGUGAGACUUGAAAGCCUUGAGGACUGUCGCGUCCUAGAAGAUCCCAACGACGACUCCAUGUCAGACACUCAUGGCUGCCCCGCCUACGUCAGCCCAGAGAUCCUCAGCAGCUCCGCGCCUUACUCUGGCAAGAUGGCUGACAUGUGGAGCCUGGGGGUCAUGCUGUACACCAUGCUGGUUGGCCGCUACCCCUUCCAUGACCCAGACCCAGCCACGCUGUUUUCCAAAAUCCGCAGAGGCCAGUGCUGUUUGCCAGAGGGCUUGUCGCCCAAGGCCAAGUGUCUGCUCCAGAGCCUGCUGAGGAAAGAUCCCUGGGAGAGACUCACGGCGACUGAGCUGUUCGCUCACCCAUGGUUCCACCAGCCGCCGUCGUCGCAGGAAGUGGUGCCAGGCGAACAGGAAGUGAGCUCGGCGGAACAGAUGGUGCCAUCCUUUGACGUGGAAGAGGACAGUGAUCUGUUCUGCUGACGGACUUGAUUCAGCUGAGUCUGGCUGAGGGACCAAAACAAAAAUCGCUAUGAGGGAUUCAUUGUUGUUUUUUUACAUUGGCACUUUUUAGAAACCCAUUUGUGUACUGUUGAGUGUACAUACACCCUCAAGCUUUCUACAACUGUACUGUAUUUUGUUGUCGUAUUUGUGUUACUUGCUAAGGGCAUUGUUCACAAUGAUCAUUCAUUGUUUUUCUAUAUGUGUGUUUUUUGAAAUUAUUUGGUGCUAAAAGAUAUAACAAGGACUCAGACUUUGCCAGAUUAUGUUAACAAAAUAAUCUCUGCAGGCUACUGUGAGUAUAUCACACAAAAUUAACCCAUGGCAAACAGUAGUCACCAAUGCUUGCUCUCAGCCUGGACUCACAAGGCUUCAGAAGGCAUUAGAUGAAUCCUGAACGGGAGGCGAGGAGAGCGGGAUGUUUUUCCUCUCACUCUCUCUGACCAGGCUGGAGGCUCCACCGGCUGACUCACCGACCGGCUCGAGGAAGGCCUAGUACAAGCUUGACGUCUCGCAGCAGGCGGUGUCACAGAGUGAGAAAGAUGGUUAGCAGAAGCCUGAUGUGUCACCCUCAGCGGGGACGCUACGAAGGUGUUUUCGCUGCCAAUCUGGCAACAUCUCAGCAAAUGGAGAGCAUUUACAAAUCUCACACCAUGCACAGAAGGUUGAGAAAGGCAGGGUGUUGCUAAUGUAAGAAAAGCAGGGAGAUUAGGUCUCACACACACACUCAACAGUAAGCAGUGGCAUUGGGCUAACACAAGUCUUUGUAUAUGGCUAACAGAGAAAAGUACAUCUCAGUAAUUUUCUCACUUUUAACCCUUGAACCUAAAACAUUUACUUUUUUAAAAAACAUGCUCAAAGCAGAAUAUAUCAGAUAAAGGUUGCAUCAGAACAGAAACUGUCAAUUAACAUUGAGUCUGACCUUGCAAAUUUGACUGCGAUCGAUCCGUUCAGCUUUCUGAAAUGCUGCGUGUGCAAUAAGGCAAAGCUAAACCACUAAACACUAACACUUCUGGUUCAAAAUCAAAUGCAGGAAGGAACUCUUGAUUUAAAGAAUUGGUCACAUUUGCAGCAACAGAGAUGGUGAAUAAUUAUUACACCUAAAAGGCAUGCUACAGAAAAAAAAACAUUCUAAUGGUACCUCCGACUGACACAAUAUGAAUUAUCUCUCAUUCCAACAAUGUUUGUAUUUUUUAAGAAAUGUGUCAAAUAUCCAGUUAAGGAACCAUCAAACCAGAAAGAAACACAUUGCAGAAAAAUGAAGACUUUCUCAGUUGAGGAGUUGAAUCUGUUUUGUUCAUUUCUGUUGGAACAUUAUGUCAAGCUGAGCUGUGCUGAGUGUUGUGCUCGUAUCACUGUGUUUCAUAAACUGAACGGCUCUGAAUCAGUCGCAGUCAGGCGAUAUUUGAUGUUGGUUGUCUGAUGAUGACUAACACUUGAGUGUGUCUGUAGAGAAUGGUCCUGACCUUGGCUGGAAGAAUCUGUUCUGACUGUUUCACCUUUUUAAUGGUACUUUUUUUUCCCUUCCUUUUUUUUUUUUUUGCCGUUGAAAGCUGUGGAUCCAUGGAGACUAGUCAUCAUAGUUAGUGACAUGAUGUACCACAUUCUAAAAGAUGUUUUAUAUUGGACUGUGACAGACAGAUUCAGCGCUUCAGUGACAUUUAGCCUUACAGGCUACUGUGGGUCUGUGGCCAGCUACUUCAUUCUGGCACAAUUACUUUGACAAUGGUACUAAAUCUUACAUAUCUGAGAAGCAGGGUGCAUUUAAGUUUUGGGUCACACGACUAAUAAAACAUCUGUUGCAGUUCUUUUAUUAUUUUAUCUCAUCUGCCGAGAUACCAGAUGGGAGCAGACUUGUGACAAUCUGAAUUGUGUCUCACAGAAAAGUAAUUUAAGAGAUGAAUGGUUUUGUUUCUGGUUCAUACAUGUAGAGUGAGUCACACAUUCAUGUGACACGUAGAGUAAACUGACACGGGUGCACAAACGUCAUAUUGCACUGUGAAUUAUGUAUUUGUGACACAACCUAGAGGCUAUUAUUAGUCCAGACAGGUACACACAAGAGAUAUAUUCAUUGUACAAAAGUUGUAAAUAUGUAUAUUUGAAAUAUGUGUGGAGAUGUUGAAUAAAGAUCACAUUUUUUCAUAUUCA